AGAAGACAAAUGUGAACAGCUGAGCAAAAGCAAGCACAUGUGCAUCGCCGGGAUUACGAAGAAAGCUAAUAAUGGGACUCGAAGUGAACUUACCGGGUAACGAUAUAGACGAUAUCGAAGACCUCAUAUCAGCCGAAGAUAUAAAGCCCCGUGAGCGUUAUGAAAACAAAAAGAGCGUUACAGUGCGCGCCAAGAAACGAGCACAAAUCAAACCAACAAUAGGCGAUGCGAACACAGAGGCGCCGCUUCAGGCUCAGAAAACCAUUUACGAAAGUGUUGUGCCAGGAACACAAAAGGUGUAUGUGAAGACUUGGGGCUGCGCACACAACAAUUCAGACUCUGAGUACAUGGCCGGCCAGCUGGCUGCGUAUGGUUAUAACCUGAGCGGCAAGGAUGAGGCUGACUUAUGGUUGCUGAACAGCUGCACCGUGAAGAAUCCAUCGGAGGAUACGUUUCGCAAUGAGAUCGAGUCGGGCAUGCGCAAUGGCAAGCACGUCGUGGUGGCCGGUUGCGUGCCGCAAGGCGCACCAAAGUCCGACUAUUUGCGUGGUCUUUCGGUAAUUGGGGUGCAGCAAAUCGAUCGGGUCGUUGAGGUGGUCGAGGAGACGCUCAAGGGUCACAGCGUGCGCCUGCUGCAGAACAAGAAAGUGCAUGGUCGUCGUGUGGCCGGCGCCGCCUUGUCUCUGCCAAAGGUGCGCAAGAAUCCGCUAAUUGAGAUCAUAUCGAUUAACAGCGGAUGCCUAAAUCAAUGCACCUACUGCAAAACGAAGCAUGCACGCGGCGAUUUGGCCAGCUAUCCACCCGAUGAAAUAGUGGAGCGUGCGCGCCAAUCCUUUGACGAGGGCUGCUGCGAAAUAUGGCUGACUUCGGAGGACACUGGUGCCUACGGUCGUGACAUUGGCAGUUCGUUGCCAGAGCUGCUCUGGCAGCUUGUCGAGGUCAUACCUGAGCACUGUAUGCUACGUGUCGGUAUGACCAAUCCGCCCUACAUCCUAGAACACCUCGAGGAGGUGGCCAAGGUGCUGCAGCAUCCACGCGUUUACGCCUUUCUCCAUGUGCCCGUACAAAGUGGAAGCGACUCGGUGCUCGGCGAAAUGAAGCGAGAAUAUUGUCGCAAGGACUUUGAGCAUGUGGUCGAUUUCUUACGGUCUCGUGUGCCCGGCCUGACAAUUGCCACCGACAUUAUCUGUGGCUUUCCCACAGAGACGGAGCAGGACUUUGAGGAAACCAUGACGCUUUGCGAGAAAUAUCGAUUUCCCAGUCUAUUUAUCAAUCAGUUCUUUCCGCGUCCGGGCACGCCGGCGGCUAAAAUGGAGCGUAUACCAGCGAAUCUGGUAAAGAAGCGUACCAAACGGCUGACAGACCUUUUCUACAGCUACGAGCCGUAUGCGGGUCGCGAGGGCCAACUGUAUACGGUGCUGGUGACGGAAAUAUCUCACGACAAGCUGCACUAUGUGGGCCACAACAAGAGCUACGAGCAGGUGCUGCUCCCGAUGCGCGACAAUCUGCUGGGCACUCGAGUGCGCGUUCGCAUCACAGGCACUAGCAAAUUCAGCAUGAUGGCCGAGAUACUGGACGAGGAGAGCGACUGGACGCGCUGUGACUAUAGCAAACAGACGCAGCCCAAGACGAGCACCAGCAGCAGUGGUCGAGGACAGCGAUAUGUGGGCAUCGCUUUAAUCGUUGGCGCUGUAGCAUUUGUACUGCAGCUGCUUCUUCGAUUUUUAUCUCAAUAAAAUAAAAGGCAAGGCAGUUCUUGAAUUGAUAAUUUAA